CGUCACCGUGAGCACGUGGUUUUGUUGAGAUGGCGGCUCAGUCUGUGCUCCCUGAGUCUGUCCUCGGUUGGUCUAUUUUCACCUUUGUACUUUUGGUAAUCCUAGCUUUUUGUUGGGUCUACAUUCGGAAAUAUCAAAGUCGUCGGGAGAGUGAAGUUGUUUCAACUAUAACAGCAAUAUGUGCCCUGGCCAUUGCUUUGAUAACGUCCGCACUCCUGCCAGUGGAUAUACUCCUUGUGUCAUUCAUGAAGUAUCCCAAUGGUACUUAUAAGGAAUGGGCAGCAAAGAAUGAGACGAGAGGACAGAUUGAAGACACUGUGUUAUAUGGCUAUUACACUCUCUUCUCCAUCAUACUAUUCUGUGUCUUCCUUUGGAUCCCUUUUGUGUAUUUCUACUAUGAAGAAAGGGAUGAUGACAAUGAGAACAAAUGCUCGCAAGUGAAUAAUGCUCUGAAGUAUACAACUGGAUUUGCCUUUAUCUGUGUGGUUCUACUUUUAAUUGGAGCCUUUGUUCCACUUGAAGCCCCAACUGAUAAUAAUUCUACUCAGUGGAAGAAAGUAGAAUACCUUUUUAAAGAGCUUGGGACAAGUCAUGGUCUAUAUGCUUUGUCUUUCUCCAUCAGCUCUCUGACCUUGAUUGGCAUGUUGGCAGUAAUCACGUACAUGGCAUACGGCAUGUCUGUGCUGCCUCUGAAUCUCAUAAAAGGCACACGGAGUGUGGCGUAUGAGCGCCUGGAGAACACAGAAGACAUUGAUGAUGUGGAGCAUCAGAUAGAAAACCUGAAGUCAAAGUGUAAAGAUGGCCGUCCACUUUCUUCAAGGGACCGACACAACCUGCAGGAGUUGGAGGAGAAACUGCAAGUCCUUCGACGUAGGGGACGGCACCUGGAAAUUGUAGAGGAAACUGCCUGCACUAAAUUGGGCAGUGUCUUGAGACCUUUCAAGGUAAUCUUGGGUGUUUUCUUCAUCCUGGUGGCUCUGCUGCUCAUCAUUUCUCUGUUCAUUUCAAAUUUGGACAAAGCUCUUCAUUCUGCAGGUAUCAGCUCUGGAUUUAUAAUCUUUGGCACCAACUUAACCAAUCCCCUGAACGAACUUCUAUUAGCCUUACAACCUGUUUUCCCCUUGGAUUACAUCCUGAUCACAGUCAUCACUGUGUACUUUGUACUCACAUCAAUGGCUGGCAUUCGCAACAUGGGCAUCUGGUUCUUCUGGAUAAGGCUGUACAAAAUACGACCAAAGAGAACCUGUCCACAGGCUCUUCUGUUCCUCUGUAUGAUUCUUCUCUUGAUUGUUCUUCACACCAGCUAUAUGAUCUAUAGCCUUGCUCCACAAUAUGUCAUGUAUGGCAGUCAAAAAUAUAUUGUACAGAUGUCCUCGGUAGGUCAUGCAUCUGGGAGUACUACUUCAGGCUUGACAAAAAUCUGUGAUGCCGAUGCCCCUGAGGACCAGUGCACUGUGACAAGAACCUAUCUUUUCCUGCACAAGUUUUGGUUCUUCAGUACUGUCUACUACUUUGGCAACUGGGUAUUUAUUGGGGCUUUCCUUAUCGGUCUGGUUGUGUCGUGCUGCAGAGGGAAGAAGUCUGUGAUUGAAGGAGAAGUGGAGGCUGAUAACUCAGAUUUGAGUGAUGAUGAAUAUGUGCACUAGUAAUCAGACUUUAAGUGGACAGGUCAGUAGAACUUCCGACCA